GUGAAAUUUCUUUUUGGCGCUUGCAUCUUUUCUCUGUGCACCCAGAGAUGUUCUACUCCGAGACCAGAGCCUGGUCCCCGGGACUUGAAGUCCGGCCCUCUGAUCGACGGAAGUGGGUGAAAGUAUUUGAAGCGUGUGAUGAAGAUAAAAAAGGCUAUCUAAGCAGAGAAGACUUUAAAGUUGCUGUAGUAAUGCUGUUUGGUUACAAACCCACAAAGAUAGAAGCAGAUUCUGUAAUGGCAUCAAUCAAACCAAACACUACAGGCAUAUACCUUGAAGACUUUAUAAACCUCAUGCAGAAAAAGAAGGCAGUCCAACUCCAUCAUAAUGAAAUAAGACAAAUCUUCACAGCUUUUGACAUGCAGUAUCGUGGAUUUUUAACUUUGGAAGAUUUCAAAAAAGCCUUCAGACAAGUGGCUCCCAAGUUGCCAGAAAGAAUUGUGCUUGAAGCUUUCAGGGAAGUAGAUCAAGACUCGGAUGGACAUGUCAGCUUUAAAGACUUUGAAUAUGCAAUGAACUAUGGUCAAAAUGAAGAGUGAAUACUGGAAUCUGCUUAUGCUGAAUUCCAGAAGGCAAGGGAUUCCACAUGAGAUCAACUCAACACCCAAUGUUUUGAGAAACUGCUUUUGAGACUAUUGUAACAUUUAUCCUGUUCUUAAUAGAUUAUAAAUAUAUAAUUCAGUAUGUUUUCAUUCUGAAUCAUUCUAAUUUACAAAUAAUAUCACUUUAAUUAUGCACUCCCUGUGAUUAGACUCUUGAUUCUAGUUUUUAGUUAAUGUGACUUUUAGCUUUUAUAAUGGUCUAGUCUCUUCGCUA